CGUUUGUAAUUGAGACUAAUUAUUACGGCGGGGUGGGAAGAAGCAGCUGCUCAUUAAUUAAUUUCUAAUUAAAAGUGCUUACCAGCUCGCAGUGACUAAGGGGGAAGGAACCUCUUAGGCGGUCGCAACAUUGAUUCGUACCCAGCCAAACCCUGCAAGAGAAAGCGAUCCCGGGGCUAGAAGCAGAGCUAGCUGGUGCCCCGGUGCUUUCCAAACUUUUAGCCCCUGCAUGUGGCGGACUCUCUUCUGUACAGUCCCCAGCACACACCUAAAGCUCCCCAAUAUGGAUGGUAAACUUCCAGCCGGGUGAAUGAGAGUAGGAUUUAUCUGACGUCAGAGGCUCUACUCUUUAAAACAACGUGCAUCUGCCUGGAUAUGUUUGAGCUACUUUCCUUUUUCUUUCUUUCCUUUCUUUCUUGUGUGCAAAAUCCCCGGUAUCCCUGGCUCUCCACGUCUGUCAGUCUCCCACAACUAGCCAUGGCUUCUGCUUUGCAGCUAUAGCCAAAAAAAAAUAGAUACAGCCAGCCAUCAUAGUACCUUUCUUUUUUUAUUAUUAUUAUUUCAGUUUUUAAAAGUUUCAGAAGCAUGUCAGUACAUUAAAUCUCGUAUUCUGCUUCGUCCUAUAAGCAUCUAGGAACCUGUGGGCACCGAUCAAUCGGUACAAUAGAGCAGAGGCAGGCUGCAAUAGCGUGCAGAGCAGACGUCUCUCCUCGUUCCUAGAAAACUGGGAGCCUCUGUACCAUGUCAUAUCCUCAGUUCGGAUACCCUUACUCUUCUGCACCCCAGUUCCUGAUGACCACCAAUUCCUUGACUACUUGCUGCGAGUCUAGUGGCAGGACUCUGACAGAGUCGGGGGCUGCCGCCUCGGCUCAGACCCCGGUCUAUUGUCCUGUAUACGAAAGCCGACUGCUGGCUACAGCCAGACAUGAGCUCAAUUCUGCGGCUGCCUUAGGAGUCUAUGGAAACCCUUACACAAGCACCCAGGGCUAUGGAAACUACGUUACCUAUGGCACUGAAGCCUCUGCCUUCUAUUCCCUGAAUAGUUUCGACGCCAAGGACGGGGCUGGCUCUGCGCAUGCGGGCAUCACACAGGCCGCUGCCUACUACCCCUACGAUCACACGCUCAGUCAGUACCAGUACGACAGGUACGGCACGAUGGACGGCGGCACACGCAGGAAGAACGCCACGCGGGAGACCACCAGCACGCUCAAGGCCUGGCUGCAGGAGCACCGCAAGAACCCCUACCCCACCAAGGGCGAGAAGAUCAUGCUGGCCAUCAUCACCAAGAUGACCCUCACGCAGGUCUCCACCUGGUUCGCCAACGCCCGGCGCCGGCUCAAGAAGGAGAACAAGAUGACCUGGCCCCCCCGGAACAAAUGCUCCGAGGAGAAGAGACCCUACGAGGAAGAAGAGGAGGAAGAGUCGCAGGAAGACAACAUGAAGAGCGAGAAAAACGAGGAGCCCGCGAGCAAAGAGGACAAGGAGCUGGAGCUGAGCGACCUGGACGACUUCGACCCCAUGGAGUCGGAGAGCUCGGAGUGCGAGAUGAAGCCGCCCUUCCCGGCCCUGGAGAGCGGCCAGAUGCGGGCCGCCGACACGUGCGCCGCCGAGCACUGCAAGGAGCCCCCCCUCAAGAUGCCCAUCCCGGCCGGCGCCAUGGAGGAAGACCUGGAGCGAGCUAAAAACUGUCUCAAGAGCGUGGUGGACGAAUGCGAGCAAGACCUGAUCCACGCCAGGCAGAGGGGCUGCGAGUCCAAAAUGUGCUUCCAGCAGGGGCAGCAGAUCCUGGAGACCAAGCCCCGGAUCUGGUCCCUGGCUCACACCGCCACCUCCCUGAACCAAACUGAGUACCCUUCCUGCAUGCUGAAGCGCCAGGCCGUGCCCUCCUCCGCCGCGGUGUCUGCCCCUGUGGGGGUCAUUGACAGGCACCAGGAUUCCCCAGUCACCAACCUCAGGAACUGGGUGGACGGGGUGUUUCACGACCCCAUAUUCAGACACAGUACUUUGAACCAAGCCCUGAGCAACACCACAGUUUCCUGGGCCACCACCAAAGGGGCCAUUCUGGAAACGGGGUCCCUGGGACGCUCAGUCGGGAACAGUGCCAGCGUGCUCAAAGGGCAGCUGGCAACCUUGUCGCACCAGGACUCCAGCAAGGACUUCCUUGCCUUUCCCAAAUCAGGGAGCAAAAUGUUUUGUUCCUAACAGCCCACCACGUGGCAGAGGACUGUCUAGCUGCGUGAAGAGUCGGACACACCGAGAAAGAGACUUGGAAGAGUUUAAAUUUCAAAUCUAAAACUUUUUUAAAAUAGCAGAGCAACAACGACAAUAACAAGGAUUUAAUGUUCAGUUUGCUUAGUUAAACGGACAGACUUUCUCCAUUGCUGGUUUGAAGAAUUUCUCUUGGCUGCGACUGGAAGGGAUCAGUGUCGUGAAAAUGAUUUAACUCCAUGACUAAAAAGCACGUACCCUAGUGUAGACCUACCUAAAAGUUUACAUCCAAAAGUUUACAAACGAGAAAUUUUAAUUCAGAGAUUUAAUUUAAGGCAUGCCAACAUUAGUUAUGAAGACUUCUCAGACUUUUUUCCUUCUGAUUUCAUCUUUAGCAUCUAAUUCACAAACAAGCACUUCUACCGAGUUUACACUAUUGCACAAAACUUAACUUGACAAAUGAGAUAUGUUAACAGGUAUGUUCACUCCAAUAAAUUGUCUGUUUCAGAGGU